AAAUCCAAAGCGUCUCAAAAGUCAGAAUUUGUGCGACAGCAGAGAGUGAGCCUUCCCUGCUCCCUAAAACAAGAAGGCCAAGACAGAAGAUGAAGAGCCUUCCCCUUCUGUUACUCUCCAUUGCACUUUCUUAUGCACUUCCCAUCUUUCCAGGGGAAAGAAGUGAAGAACAAAACAAUCAGCUUGCACAGAAAUACCUAGAUCAGUUUUAUGUACAAGAAAAUGAGCCAGGGCAACGAGGCUGGAAAAGCAGGACUUCUUUUGUGGACAAAAUCCAGCAAAUGCAAGAAUUCUUUGGGCUCAAUGUCACUGGAAAAAUAGAUGCCAACACUUUGGAAAUUAUGCAGCAGCCCAGAUGUGGGGUGCCUGAUGUUGGACAGUAUGUCUUGGCUCUUCCUGGAUGGAAGAAAACCAGGCUUACAUACAGGAUUGUGAAUUACACACCUGAUAUGAAACGAGCUGAUGUGGAGACAGCCAUCCGAAAGGCCUUUGAGGUUUGGAGUAUGGUGACUCCUUUAACUUUCAGCAGGGUUCAUAAGGGGAGAGCCGACAUAAUGAUUGAAUUUGCAACCCGAGUGCAUCCGUCCUGCCCUCGGCAAUUUGAUGGGCCUCUGGGAGUCCUUGGACACGCUUUCCCCCCAGGCCAUCCCUUCCGCGGAAAUGUCCACUUCGAUGAGGAUGAAAACUGGAUUACCAAUUCAGCUGAACAGGGAGUAGCUGACAAAUACCGCCGAACAUGGAUGGAUGAUGGCAUCACUCCUGCUCUGAAAAAAGUGCCAGGCCUUCACCCCCAUCCAGUCCCUUUCCGCUACAACACUGUUGAAUUUGACUUGAGGCUGGUUGCUGCUCAUGAAAUUGGCCACGCACUUGGUCUUGCGCAUUCCAAUGACCCAAGAGCACUGAUGUUCCCCAAUUACAAACCUCUGGAGGACCCCACUGCUUUCCCACUCUCCCGCGAUGAUAUUGAUGGCAUCCAGGCUAUUUACGGACCAUCACUCAAUCCACCAAAUAUACCAGAGAAACCAACAUUGCCAAAGACUUGUGAUCCUAAGUUAUCUUUUGAUGCCAUCACUACGCUGCGAAGAGAAGUCAUAUUUUUUAAGGGCAGGCAGCUCUGGAGAGUGUACCCAGGUCGUUCUGAAGUUGAUCUCGAAUCUAUUUCUACUUUUUGGCCUUUCCUACCAUCUGGUAUCCAGGCAGCUUAUGAAAAUAUGAACGAUCAAGUUUACUUUUUCAAAGAUAAUCACUUCUGGGUCAUUAGUGGUUUUCAGAUGCAGCCUGGCUACCCCAAAACCAUCGACCAUUUUGGCUUUCCACGAAACAUUAAGAAAAUUGAUGCUGCUGUUUUUGAUAAAAAUACUCAAAAAACCUAUUUCUUCAUUGGUAACCAGUAUUGGAGGUAUGAUGAGAACAGUCGAUCUAUGGAUGAGAACUACCCAAGGAAAAUAAGGGAUGAUUUUCCUGAAAUUGGCCAGAAAGUUGAUGCUGCUUUUCAGCAAAAUGGUUUCUUCUAUUUUUUCCAUGGGUCCAGGCAGUGGGAGUUCGAUCUGAAUGCUAAGAGAGUGGUUCGCGUAAUGAAGAGCAACAGCUGGUUUAACUGUUAGCUUAGAAAACAAAAAGAAAAGAGAACUAUUUGAAGUAUAUCUCUGUUAACGCACAAAGUGUUAUGCAAUCUAGAAUGUUGAAGCUGCAAAACAAAAUUUUUGUUAAUGAA